AUGACGAUGCCGACGGCAGUUUCUACGUGCACAGCGAAGACAGAGCAAUGCAUGCUUGUCUUUGAGAUCUUUGAUUACAGCCAGCACAGGGGUAUGGGGAUCGGUGAGUUUAUCAGAUCCGGCACCUUCUCCGUCGGUGCCUACGACUGGGCCAUCCGCUUCUAUCCCGACGGGGACCAGCAGAAUUACUCGGGUUACAUCUCAGUUUAUCUCGAGCUCUUGAGCAGCGACACCAAGGUGCGGGGCAGCUGUGAGUUGAGGCUGGUCGACCAAACCACCGGGUUGUCCACGUCAGUGCACAAGACUGAGCUGAGGUUGUUCAGGUCUUGUGAUUCUACUAGAUUUGCUGCUGCACAGGCUGUCAUGAAUCGGAGCCAGUUCGAGGCAUCAUCCUACCUUAAGGAUGAUCACCUCACCAUCCAAUGCAUCACAACUGUAAAACAACCACAGGUGUCUGGACCUGAAUUACUGAACGAUAUUGAGGUCCCGCCAUCCAACAUCGCUGUGCUUCUUGGCAAAUUGUUGGAUACAGGCGAAGGAGCAGAUGUCACUUUCAGUGUUGGAGGAGAGACUUUCACAGCACACAAGAUAGUUCUCGCUAUGCGGUCUCCAGUUCUUAAAGCAGAGCUGUUUGUGCAAAUGAAGGAGGCGAAGGAACAGCUUGUGACCAUACAAGACAUGAAGCCUGAUGUGUUUAGGGCCCUACUGCAUUUCAUCUAUACCGAUUCCUUGCCUGAUAUGGAUGAUCAAGAUGGAGAAGGUAACAGAGAAAUGAUACAGCAUUUGCUUGUGGCUGCUGAUAGAUAUGCUGUGGACAGGAUGAAGUUGGUAUGUGCAAGCAUCCUUUGCAGGAAUCUUGAUGUCGAGACCGUGUCUGCUACUUUGGCUUUGGCUUACCAGCAUAACUGUGACAGGCUUAAAGAUGUUUGCCUAGAGUUCAUCACCAGUUCAUCAGACGUGAUGGAUUCAGUGGUGGCAACUCAAGGUUAUCAGAAUCUUAAGGCAACUUGCCCUUCUGCACUAGUAGAUGCAUUUGAGAAGUCAUCAAAGAGGUUCCGAAAAACAUAA